AUGCUGCAUGAUACUAUUCUAGCCCUUGAGGAUGCAACCUGGAGAGCACUAACAUCCUCGGGAGCCGCACUACUGCCAUUCCUCAGUCACGAUUGUAUCAUGCUUUUCCCACUGGGAAUGAAAGUGUCCGCUAAAACGACACCGAAUCUUGAAGAUGUGAUGAAGAGCGAUGCGUUUGUACCAUGGAAACAGUUCAAGAUGAGCGAUGUGGAGGUUACACCAUUGGGACCAGAGGCAGCCCAAAUCAGUUAUCGAGUGAACGCGACCAGGCGGCAUGUGACGGCGGAUGACGAUACGAGACAGGACGAAUUCAGAGCAUUGAUCUCGAGCACCUGGAGGAAAGAUCCAGAAGCGGGAAAAUUCCUUAUGUGUGUCCACCAACAAACACCUUAUGAGGAGGAUCUGGACUUUUGA